CCUUCCCUUCAAUCUCCAUUUUCCAUUCUACAACUUGCGAGCUAUGACACCCUUAACCACAUAAUCAAUCAUCCUUUGAUUGCCUCACACUCUUACCCUGCCUUCACUCAACACCCCACGUUGAUUCUCGCCAUUUCUGUGCUUCACGACGUCGUCAAUUUCAUGUUCUUCCCCCAAUUCGUUUACUAGAUCCAAUUUCACGAAAAGGGUAUGAAUCUUUUUGUCUUCUGAGUUGGUAUUUUUUCUAGUUUAUCCUUCGAAUUGUUCUUGGUCGAUGGCUUCUAUAAAUGGGCUUGCUUCUUUUAUGAAUUGCGUUUCCGUUAAUAGAAACCCUAAUCGCAUAAUUUCCCAACUCUAUGGAAGCUUUUCUGUUAAUUCCUGUUAUAGGGUUUCGAUUACAAACAAAACCCCCAUGUAUGGUGUUGGGAAGCUACGUGAAUUUCGGUUUUUUAAGGCUGUGGAGUUGGAUAAGGUUAUAACUAGUGACGAUGAAGAUGAAAUGAGUGAGGGGUUUUUCGAAGCGAUUGAGGAAUUGGAGAGGAUGACAAGAGAACCUUCUGAUGUUCUAGAAGCAAUGAAUUCUAAGUUAUCUGCUAGAGAAUUACAGCUUGUUUUGGUCUACUUUUCUCAAGAAGGUAGAGAUUCUUGGUGUGCUUUAGAAGUGUUUGAAUGGCUAAAGAAAGAGAAUAAGGUGGAUGAGGAGACUAUGGAGCUUAUGGUUUCUUUGAUGUGUGGAUGGGUUAAGAAACUGAUAGAAGGGAAGCAUGAAACUGAGGAUGUGAUCGAUCUUCUUGUAGAUAUGGAGUGUGUCGGUUUGAAACCGAAUUUUAGUAUGAUUGAGAAGGUGAUAUCGUUGUAUUGGGAGAUGGGUGAGAAGGAAAAAGGGGUUUUGUUUGUGAAGGAGGUUUUAAAGAGGGGAAUCGGGUAUGAGGAUGGCGACAAUCAAUCGCGUAAAGGAGGUCCUACGGGUUAUCUUGCUUGGAAGAUGAUGGAGGAUGGGAAUUACAAAGAUGCAAUUAAACUAGUGAUCGACAUUAAAGAAUCCGGUUUGCAGCCAGAGGUAUACAGCUAUCUGAUUGCCAUGACUGCUGUCGUCAAAGAACUGAACGAAUUCGGAAAAGCUUUACGCAAAUUAAAAGGCUUCACCAAAUCUGGUCUGGCUUCUGAUAUAGAUACCGAAGACACGCGCCUUAUUCAAGAUUACCAAUCAAAUCUUUUGGCCGACGGCAUACGCUUCUCCAAUUGGGUAAUCGAAGAAGGCGGGCCCUCAUUUCACGGGGUGGUUUACGAACGGCUGCUAGCCAUGUACAUCUGUGCUGGCCGUGGACUCGAGGCCGAAGGCCAAUUGUGGAAAAUGAAACUAGUGGGAAAAGAACCAGACGGAAACCUUUAUGAUAUCGUGUUAGCCAUUUGCGCUUCCCAGAAGGAGGUAAACGCGAUCUCGAGAUUGCUUACAAGAAUGGAGGUCACUAGUUUAUUGAACAAAAAGAAAACAUUGACAUGGUUAUUAAGGGGUUACAUUAAAGGUUGUCACUUUGAGGAUGCUGCUGAAACUGUAAAUAAGAUGCUUGAUUUGGGUUUGUUUCCCGAGUUUCUGGAUCGGGCUGCGGUUUUGCAGGGAUUAAGGAAAAGAAUGAACGAAAUGGGAAACGUGGAAACUUAUUUCAAGCUUUGCAAGCGGCUAUCGGAUGCAGGUUUGACCGGACCUUGUCUUAUAUAUAUGUAUAUAAAGAAAUAUAAGCUUUGGGUGAUCAAAAUGCUUUAAAUCAGUCGAAUUAGAAGAUAUUGUGUUAUAGGGAUCGUUAUCUGUAUAUGUGUAAUAUGUAUAGAGCUAAUAAUUCGAGUGAGGUGUAGUAAUGAUGAUAUUACAUGUUGUAAUUCCGAUCUUCAAGAUUCAAAGUGCAUUUUUGUAUCUUUGUUCGAGUUGUCACGAUUUGGAUCCAUGAUCUCGAAAUGCAUCAUUGACCAUAUGCUUAUCUUUCUUCCUGCUA